AUGCUGAUAGCAGACACACUUUACACGUUCUCAUCGGCUGCUUUGAUACAGCCACUGGUACUCACUGAGAAUAAUAAAAACACCAGUGAAUGGAAGGUAGAUAAGCAGAAGCUGCCUAGUGCGUAUGGAAAAGUGAUGGUUAGCUUCGCAUUCGCUAUGGAAGGGCUAAAAUUCGACUCUGCCAGAAAACAAGAAGUGCUAUUGCUUGGACUGGGUGGAGGAGUGGUAGCCAACUUUCUCUCGACACUCAAAAGAGCAAAGGUAAGCGUUAUUCUUUCCUCAGCAUCUGAUAAAGAUGGUGAUUCUUCAUACUUUGAACUAGCUCCAGUUCAAAACUGCAUUGUAUUUUUGGGUAUUAUUACGGAAGAAGAACGCUGCGGAAGCUAGAA